AUGCCUGACUUCUACGACCCAUUAGACGUUCUCUUCGGGAUUGUCCUAUUCGAUUUCUCGUUGGCGGAUGUAAGAAAAGCCGCCGGCGAAGGAUGCUACCUUUGUGAAUGCAUUCUUGGAGACCCCCAAUCUAAUAUCGAGGAAAGCUCGUUGCUCGCUGCGGAGGUGGUUGGCGACGUUUUGAAGUUUGGCGUUCUAGAAGCACGUACGGAUCUUGCUAGUACUAAUCCUGAUGCUAGCAAGGGUAAGAUUGAACUUAGGGCUUUCGAGUUGCGUUCAGUCUUUAGUUUCCAAAUCAUUGCCGCAGCAGACGAUAAUGCGGCAAACGAUGUCUGUACAAGGCCGGUUAAUAUCUCGCCAGCGUCGGAAGACAGUUUCAGCUUAGCUCGACACUGGCUGGAGACAUGCCAGGCAACACAUCAGAAAUGCCCAAAGCCCAAAGGGGAUUUUCUACCGACGAGACUGAUCGUGAUCCUGCAAAAGUUCGGCCGCCGGCGCCUUCAACUCCACCAAACUAGCUCUGAGGAUACAGUGAAACCUUAUGCCGCUUUGAGUUAUUGCUGGGGCGGGGAACAGCAUGUGACCACGACGAAGACCCUCCACCGACAUAUGUCCGUGAUCAAUGAGCAAGAUCUGCCAGCAACUGUGCGAGAUGCUGUCUUAGUCACAGAAACACUGGGCAUGAAUCAAAUUUGGAUUGAUGCUUUGUGCAUCAUCCAGGACGACGCCUAUGACAAGGCCCUAGAGAUUGCUUCUAUGCCAUCCGUGUACAGCGAAGCCACUGUGACCAUCGCAGCAUCUCGAGCCAAUGGCGUGCACGAAGGGUUUCUGCAAAACAGGCCGGCUAUGGCCAACAAAACACCCGAGUUAGUCUUCCAGCUACCGUACCGGUGCCGUAACGGUGAAGAUGGAUCCGUUGUUCUGCUUCCGCCGCUUCCGCCGAUCAAGAAUUGCACUGAGCCGCUAGACCGCAGGGCGUGGGCCUUGCAAGAACGAUUCCUAUCGCCGCGAGUUCUCGAAUAUGGUUCUCUUCAGACGCGCUGGAUCUGCCAACAAAAUGUAGCAGUUAAGAAUACUGUAGAUGGCUGGAAGGACGAAUUUGUGCGCAACACCAAGAGGUCGGACAGACUGUUUACAACUGCUUUACACGCUGUCCUAAGCAAGACGGAUGCUCUUGCUCCGGAUGAUCCAAGCUACGAGCGCCCUGUCGCCCUGUGGCAUUCACUUGUGAGAACUUACACUCAUCGCAACCUUACUCUGCCUACUGACCGCCUUCCGGCCAUAUCUGGAAUUGCGACGCAAUUCGGGAGGAUACUUCGUGAUGAUUAUCUUGCUGGGCUCUGGAAAUCACGGUUGGCCACAGAACUGCUUUGGAGCGUCGAUUCUCUUGAAGAGCUCACACCGAGACCGCUUGUCUAUCAAGGGCCUACAUGGUCCUGGGCUGCCGUCAACAGCCCUGUAUAUUUGCCUACCCGCGCGGGGGGAGAUAUUUGUAUCGAGAUCCUUGGCUGUCAGACUCGUAAAUCCGCGAAAUACACAGUCAGUGAUGGUAGAUACGGAGCUGUCGAGUCCGGAAUCGUGGUGCUUAGGGGGCGGCUACAGCCAGCUGAAUGGGCGCUCAGCAACAAAUUCUCGAGAGAAAGGAUCCGAAGGCGGGAUGUUGGAGACGUGAACGGCACACUUCCCGCGUUCACGACCUUCGAUGCCCUCGAGGAAGAUUUUGUAAUGAUGGAUAUCGAUGUUAUUCCGAUCUUUCUUCUGAAAGUUUCUAGCCGGCCUGAAGGUCUAAUCUUACGACCGAAGAGUAAUACCGAGUACUCACGAGUAGGUCACUUUGAAUUUGACGAGGCCCACCUGGACUUACGGCUUGAAGAGACCAAGGAGAGCCGAAGUCAGCGAUAUAAGAUGCAUUCGGACUGGCUCGACAGUGGUGCGGAACAGAUUAUCACCCUUGUUUAG